AUGGGGUCCUCGGGGGACGGCGAAGAAAGAGGAGAAGAGAUCACAGACAUGACCAAUAAGCUCGGCAAAAAUGUCGGUCUGGUUAACAAACAGGAUAAUCGCGGCGGCUGA